UGUAAAUAUCAGCUUUAUAUUUAAUUGUUUCAAAUUAUUUUGUGUAAUAUAUGAGUUAAGUAUCGAAAUUCGAAUAGACUAUACUUACACUUAACUACAGAAACUACAAUAAUGUCGGAUCCCCCAAUAAAGAAAUACAGACGCGAAGAGAAAUCAUCAGAGUCCGAGGAAGAUGUCGAUAGUUACGAACCUUAUGUACCGGUAAAGGAAAGAAAAAAGCAGAAACUGCUAAAAUUGGGUCGCCUCGGUCAAUUAGCAGCAGAGGCCGCUACAGAAAACAAAAGCUCUAGUGACAAUGAUCCUGAUGAUGAUGCUUCACAAGAGGAAUGGGGUCGUAAACACAAUGUGCCGCUUUUGGACCAGCACAGUGAACUUAAGCGUCUGGCGGAGGCUCGGGCACUGUCUGCUGCUGAACGGCAGGCUAAGGAGGAGCAGCACAUCCUGGAGAGUGUAGCACAAAGCAAAGCUCUGAUGGGUGUGGCCGAGUUAGCCAAAGGUAUACAAUACUUUGAACCUAUCAAGACGUCAUGGAAACCACCCAGAUGUAUCCUGGAGUUACCAGAGGAGAGGCAUGAGCGAGUGAGACAGCAGCUGCGGAUAUUAGUGGAGGGGGAGGACGUACCACCACCUAUCAGGACGUUCCAACAUAUGAAGUUUCCGAAAGGUAUUCUUCGCGGUCUCGAGGAUAAAGGCAUCAAGACGCCCACACCGAUCCAGGUUCAAGGUAUCCCAGCGGUGCUGAGCGGGCGGGACAUGAUCGGUAUAGCAUUCACCGGCUCCGGCAAGACACUGGUCUUCACGCUGCCCAUCAUCAUGUUCUGUUUGGAGCAGGAGAUCAAAAUGCCUUUUAUUAGGAACGAAGGUCCAUAUGGCCUCAUAAUAUGUCCGUCUCGGGAGCUAGCCAAGCAGACGCACGACAUCCUGCAGCACUUCAUCAAGCAGCUCAAGAUCAGCGGCAGUCCCGAGAUACGGAGCUGCUUGGCCAUUGGAGGUGUGGCGGUGUCAGAGUGCAUGGAGGUGGUGCAGCGCGGCGUCCACAUCAUGGUGGCCACGCCCGGCAGACUCAUGGACAUGUUAGACAAGAAGAUGGUCCGUCUAAACGUGUGCCGCUACCUGUGCAUGGAUGAGGCUGACCGCAUGAUCGACAUGGGCUUUGAGGAGGACGUGCGCACCAUCUUCUCGUACUUCGCCGGCCAGCGCCAGACGCUGCUGUUCAGCGCCACCAUGCCGCGCAAGAUACAGAACUUCGCCAGGUCUGCUCUCGUCAAGCCGGUGACAGUCAACGUGGGUCGCGCCGGCGCCGCGUCCCUCAACGUCCGCCAAGACCUGGAGCUGGUGCAGGCGGAGGCGCGCACGGUCCACCUGCUGCAGUGUCUCCAGAAGACGCCGCCGCCGGUGCUGGUGUUCGCCGAGAGGAAGCAGCAUGUGGAUGCUAUACAUGAGUAUCUGCUGCUUAAGGGUGUGGAGGCGGUGGCCAUCCACGGCGGCAAGGACCAGGAGGAGCGGUCGCGCGCGGUGGAGGCCUUCCGACGCGGGGAGAAAGACGUGCUAGUCGCCACUGACGUCGCCAGCAAGGGUCUGGACUUCGCGAACAUCCAGCACGUGAUCAACUACGACAUGCCGGAGGACAUCGAGAACUACGUGCACCGCAUCGGGCGGACGGGGCGUGCGGCGGGGCGGGGCCUCGCCACCACGCUGCUGGGGCGCGCCACAGAGAGCUCCGUGCUGCGAGACCUGCAGCACCUGCUCACCGAGGCGGGGCAGCAGGUGCCAGAUUUUCUGCUGGAGAUGAUCGGCGAGACGGCGGCGCCGGCGGCGGACGGGCAGGGCUGCUCCUACUGCGGUGGUUUGGGGCACAGGAUCACAGAAUGUCCGAAGUUGGAAGCGGUACAGAACAAGCAGGCGUCGAACAUCGGCCGACGAGACUACCUCGCCAACACGGCCGCUGACUACUAGAACUUCACUAAAGUCCGGUCGCCGGAUAGAGAGAUAUAUUGCAAUAAGUGUAACGCUACUCGUCUCUUUCACGUAUUGUUAAUUCAGUGCGUGAGUGAAAGAGGUAGCCAGUAAGAUGAUCAGAAUUUCUUAGUGUUUGAUGACUGAAGUAUACAGUAUACACCUAGUGUUCUUUGUUAAUUACCAUUAAAGCGCGUGACCAUUUUAUGCAUGUGUGCAUUGCCGUAAUGGUUGUAUAUCGUGCUUAUAUAUCGAUAAAAAUACUAUACUUUAUUACAAAAUAUUAUGAUUCUAAAGUUUAAAACCGGCAUACUCAAAGAGUAAAAACGAACUUCGAUGUCUGUCCAUCUGUCUGUCUCCAGGCUGUAUCUCAAA